CUCCUCUCCCCUCCCUGCCCCGCCGUCGCCCGGCUUCGUCCCCUCACGGCCUCCUCCUUCCACCCCUCAUCUGGCGCCUCCCAAACCCUAAUGCCUGGCCCCGGCUCCGGCUCCCACGGGAGGGAAGGAGGAAUGGCGAGGCGAGGCAAAUGCGGUGGCGUAUGGGACGCGGCGUGGGCGGUCGGCCUCCUCCUCCCCUACUCCCUCGCCAUGCUGGUUCUGGAGCUGCUCGAUGCGCCGACCAAGUACGCCGACCCCUUCCAACGGCCUCCUCUCCUAAGGUCGCGGCACCCGGCACUGUCCAGAUCUCAGAGGAGUACGUGGAUGAUGUCGAAGCGAUGGAUGUCACUCAGAAUCCUCCACGAGAAGAAGUCCACAAAGCAAUUGAAGAUUGCAGGGCUGCUGGUAUACGUGUUAUGGUGAUAACAAAGAAACAGCAGAGGCGAUAUGCCGUGAGAUUGGGGUUUUUGGUCCCAGUGAAAACAUUAGCUCAAAGGGCUUUGCAGGGAAGGAAUUUAUGGCUCUUCUGAUAAGAAGUUGUUGAGGCAAACAUGUGGCCUUCUCUUCUCAAGGGCAGAGCCAAAACAUAAGCAGGAAGUUGUUAGGCUGCUCAAAGAAGAUGGUGAAGUUGUUGCAAUGACUGGUGAUGGAGUGAAUGAUGCACCAGCACUGAAAUUAGCUGAUAUUGGAAUUGCGAUGGGCAUUACAGGGACUGAAGUCGC